GUGAUCAACUUAAUUCCGAGGUAACAUAAAUAAAAUAAGUUUAUUUUGAAUUGACCUCGCGAGUUUAUUGGUUAUGGAUACGGGGGAUCAGCUUCCGCGUGAGAAUCCAAACAAUAUACGUCAUCAACAGUCGACAGUCCGAUGCGACUCACGCCAGCGCAUGCCAUCUGUAUUUUUGUUUUAAAAACGCCCACUGUAUUUGUGACAUAUUAUAUGAUUUAUUUAAAAACGUAACAAAGUACUAAACCGAUAGAGACGAGUGUCACAUGGAAACCACAGCGUCGUCUCUGUCUUUGUUUUGUUCGUGACAUUGUCCGAAAUCUCGUCUCUGGGAGCUUUAUAAGAUGGUUAAAUUACACGACAGCUACAAAAGGCUUUUGCAAAUAUAUACAUUGUCCUCAAACAUUAUAGGCACACCACGUGUGGCUAGCAGAUUUGUUUCUGCACCUCAAAAUAGACAUGAAAUCCGCUUCAAGACUUCAGGAGUUGGCGAACGAGCUCUGCAGGAGAGACAGAGGCAGCACAUGGCACGAGGUUUGCCAAAACAGAAGCCCAUAGCUGGAGUCAAAGAGGUCCUUGUUGUUGCAUCGGGGAAAGGAGGGGUGGGAAAGUCCACAACAGCAGUGAAUCUUGCUCUUGGACUUAUGGCUAACGAUCAGAGUAAAUCAGUGGGUCUUCUAGAUGCUGAUGUAUAUGGCCCCUCCAUUCCAAAGUUAAUGAACCUAAAAGGAAACCCCGAAUUAACAGACAAGAACUUAAUGAGGCCACUUGUGAAUUUUGGAAUUCCUUGUAUGUCAAUGGGCUUUCUGGUUGAAGAGGUUGCACCUAUUGUGUGGAGGGGUCUGAUGGUGAUGUCAGCUAUUGAGAAACUCAUUAGACAGGUAGAUUGGGGGAAUCUAGAUUACCUUGUGAUUGAUAUGCCUCCUGGAACCGGAGAUGUCCAAUUGUCUAUUACCCAGAAUAUUCCUAUAUCAGGUGCUGUAAUUGUGUCUACGCCUCAAGACAUCGCCUUGCUAGAUGCACGAAGAGGUGCUGAGAUGUUCAGAAAGGUUAACGUUCCGGUUCUGGGUCUGGUUCAGAACAUGAGUGUUUUCCAGUGUCCCAAGUGCAAUCAUCAAACACACAUUUUUGGCUCAGAUGGGGCUAAAGAGCUGGCUCAGACCCUUGGUGUUGAGAUGCUUGGAGACAUUCCUCUUCAUCUCAACAUAAGAGAAACAUCGGACAAGGGGCAGCCCGUGGUUGUGUCAUCCCCUGAUAGUCCAGAAGCCGAGGCGUACAGAAGAGUUGCAGCAGCAGUAGUACGCCGACUAGCAGAGCAUCUGAGAUAAAUGAUGUCCACAUUUAAUGUAGUUUUACUGACCUGAAAAAAACAUCAUUGUCUCCUACUUGUUUACCCUUUAAAUUGAUAACACAUACCUAUUAUAUUAUUAUAAUUUAUGUUCUUCAUUCAUUUACUGACAUACAGUUCAUGUUAUUUAUAGAUGAUUAAAAACAAUCAUUUUGGCAACAAGUAAGCUUUCAUUAUAAUGAAAAUAAGAACUCAUUGCAAUUAUGAGCAUAUUAUAAUAAUGUCCAUUUCCAUGUACAAAUCUCAGAUGUGGAUAUUUUCCCACCAGAACAGACUGACACGGUUUUUUAAAUAAAAGGAAAUGGCUAAAAGGAAA